UUUCCCUUCAAAAUUAUAGAAUAAGGAUAUAACUUUUUCCAAAUGAUGAAGUAUAAACGACUAUAUACUCAACAGCAAAGCAAUUAAGAAGGAUUAAUUCAGGAAUGGCAUCAAAUGUCACGAACGUAACUCGUACAACUUUAAGUGAGAUAGAAUAUCAAGAGUUUCUGGAAAACGACAUCCCAGCUACAAUAUUUCUCGCAUUUCUGUCAGUUGUAGGAACUAUUGGCAAUACACACACGAUAGUAGUAUAUAUGUUAUCACCGAUCAUGUCAAACUAUUCCGUUCGAGUUUUUAUAAUUUGGCAUGCCUUUAUCGACGCAGCGAUGCAAAGAAAACUCACUUUGAGUUCAAUAUGUUUUUUCCUGUGUAUAAAAUGGGAUUUUUUUCGAAACGCCCUUAACGUCGCUGCGGAUCUUACAGCUUGUGUCUUUGGAAUGCCUUUUGAGAAUUUUGUUUUGCGGUACAGCUACACAUUUUCAUCUGUCGGUGCUUGCAAAUUCUUUAAAUUUCUAAAUCACAUCAGUACAGGGACGUCAACCCUAUUAUUGACUGCAAUUGCUAUUGAAAGAUAUAAGAUGGUUGUUAAAAAAUCGCCGAUACUUAUUACAAAUUCACAAAGGUCGAAUGCUAUAUCUGGUGUUUUGUUAGCAUUGGUCUUGGUAUUAUCAAUUCCAGCAGUAGUAUUUUAUGGUCUGAAUAAUAAUAAAUCGAAGAUUUCCGGCCUGUCCGGCAAGGAAUGCAGAAUUUUAUCAGAAUAUCAAAAUAUGCGUGCUGCAGGAUGUUAUUACAGUAUUGUUUUAGUUAUCGGUUUAGGUUGCGUUGUUGUGUGCAUAAUUUCAUAUGGAAGAAUACUGUAUGAAAUUUGUUCUCAGAAAGAAUGGAGAAAAUCACAAAGAAAAAAAUCCAAUUCGUUUUCUAAUUCACCUUCAAAUAUACGAUCUGAAGUUGCCCAGGUUACUUCAUCUAUUCAAAAUGAAGAGUUCCAAAUAAAUAAUUUGCAAACUGGAUGUGGCAACAGGACGAAGAAAAAGUGCACUAAUUCAUCACACAAUCUUGGGAAUGCGAUUCAAUUGACCAUUAACCUC